GAUUGGAUUGGAUCUGCGGCAGAUCGGCCAAAGAGCCUGUGAAUCGGGUCUAUGCAAAGUGUUUUCGAGUUAUUGGCAAACAACUUCCCGAUGAACUAGAUUACCAUGAUGGGAAUAAGUUGAAAGAGUGGAUGAUGGGCAGAAAUUCGUAUCUGAUCUUCGCCUCGGCCCUGUGCCUGAGCCUCGCCUAUCCGCUGGAGCACCAGUAUUACCAGGAGAGCCACGGCUACGAGCACCUGGCCCACCACGAGUCGGAGCCCGCCCACGAGUACGGACACCACGAUAUCGAGCGCAUCUCGUUGGGCGAGGAGCACGGCCACCACGAAGCUGAGCCCCACUACGAGACCCACGAAUCCCACGGACAUGAUGAACAUGUGGACUACUAUGCUCCUCCCAAGUACGCCUUCAAGUACGGAGUGAAUGACUUCCACACCGGAGACGUGAAGUCCCAGCACGAGACCCGCGAUGGCGACACCGUCAAGGGCCAGUACUCCCUGGUGGAGCCCGAUGGUUCCAUCCGCACCGUGGACUACACCGCCGACAAGCACAAUGGCUUCAACGCCGUGGUCCACAAGACCGCCCCAGUGCACCAUCACGAGGAAGUGCACGAGCACCACUACUAAGCCAGGUCUCGCUGCGCACUAGAGUUAGCCAAAUUGCUCACUAGCCGGAAGUAGGAGAAGGAUUAUGAGGAUUAGGAGGAGGGACAAGCAUAUCCACAUCGCUCGACCAUGGAAUCAGCUUCAUAUCUCGUAAUUAGGACAUCAGCACACACCCUGGCCAAGGACCACAAUCGGGAUCUCUUGACCCAGAUGUGUCCGUGACCAUUUCAUUAACAUUUUGUAUAUUGUAUUUUAUUCUGUGAUAGCGAAUAAUUUCUACGUGCAUCUUCCGCUUUCAACUGAUCCUUAGUCACUACCUGCUCAGACGAAUUUACCAAUCACACUCGACUGUAAACUAUAAACUGUAAUCUUUAAUCUAUAAUCUGUAAUGUAAACUUAUGUCUUCUCGUAUAACUUGCUACAGAGAUCGAACGAACGAAAUGUAAAUUGUGUAAUAAAGUGUGAAUUAUGUACUUUUUAUAAAAUCAAAACCCACCCGACCACUGACCAUAAUUUUUGCAGCCGGGGCCAAUCAUUGAACUUGUACUCCUCAAACAAAUGGCCAAAUGUCUCAACUGACCAACUGGUUUGUGCGUUUUCAGACGAAAAAGGCAGUAUUCCCACAAAUCAACAGACGUCGUUAGUCACAUUUUCCGGCUCAAAAACGAGUUCUUUGAUUCGUUUUGCUUUGUUUUCUUUGGAAUUACAUAAGUCGUAUUUGAAAAGUUGGUCGAAAAUGCUUCCUAAAUGUCUAAAAAAC